AUGGCAAAAAAAAGGACAAGUAAGAUUAAAGCAGGAAUCAAAGCUUCAAUAGAGGUGAAAGAGGAGAACUUUAAGGAAAAGGCGACUUCAGCGGCUAAAAAUAAAAAGUUGUCAAACUCCCCCAAAAAAGAUAAACCAAAGACCAUACUUCCAAUCGAAACUAAAGUUGAAGCAUCUGCCUCAGAUGAAAACAUAAUUUGGCGAGAGCUACAUUUCAACAAAGAUAUUUCGUCAAGGGAAACACUAGACUCGGCGUUUGUUUUCAAAGAUGCAAUUAAGUCUCCUCGAAGCAGUAUUUGUGACAUGCAGUUAAACGCAAUGUUUGAGACACCAACAGAGCAUAACGGUAGCGUAAUGCAUGCCAGUUUGACUAAUAAGGGCGUAAGGAAAGAUAGUCUUGUCUCUCCAAUGUCACGGAGACCAAGCAGGAUGUCAAGUUUUACAUCUUAUAGUAGCGUUGACAAUGGAUAUCAAAUUAAUUACUCUCCAAUAACGAUACCGGAGUCUACAGCGGAAAGCAAGAAAGACAAGAUUGGUCUCUUCGAAGUAUGCGAUAAUCGUGCGAAAGUUGAUGCAAAAAUCUCCGAAGCUUUGAAAUUCUGUCAGGAUCUAACUAGUUCGAGGGAAAUUGAAGCAUGUAACACAAAUGGCAGAUGGAGUUACAUACCACAAUGCUGCUUAGAUAAACCAGAAAAAAAAGACCACUACCCGAGAGAGAAUCUAAAAGAGAUUAGAGAAUUGGCAGAAACACUGAGAUGA